AUGAAAGUAAGUUCAAUGUCUUUGUUGUUUACUUUGGGAUUUUUGUGGACAAGAUGUUUUUGUUUACCGGAAAACUGUGAAGUCAAUAAUGUUAUGUCCACUUCUUUGGUGGACUGUACCAAACUGGGUCUGGUCACGGUUCCUAGUGAUAUACCGUCCACCACUGUGAGGUUCGAUAUCUCGUUCAACAACAUCAGAAACGUUACGUAUCUGCCGCCACUGCCCAAACUGUACACACUGGACCUGAGCUAUAAUUCUAUUGAAAGUGUGUCCUGGAUGUCUCUGCGGACUUUGCCAGCUUUGGCCAUUCUUGAGCUACAAGGGAACCAACUGAAGUACGUAAAGCUCGACAUCGUUAUUGCGCAUCUCCCGAAACUGAAAUCUGUAAAUCUAAGUAUGAACAAACUUGCAUCCUUCUCGUCGUACGCGCUGGGAUGGCCACAGGUGACCGAAGUAUUAAUCUACAAUAACCCCUUUCACUGUGACUGUGAUCUUUCCUGGCUGAUUGUGAAAAUGGCGUGUUUACAAGCCUGUAAGGGAAAAGAUGGACAGACCUGUUGUUCUUCAUGUAUGGCCUGUUUUCUUCAUAUCCGUUUACCCGGAUAUGAAAAUAUAAUUUUUGACUGCAAAAGUCCGAGUCAGCUGCGUGGACGGCAUUUUUCCACUGUGUCCACCCAGCUGACGGACUGUGGAACGACCCACCAAGCCGAGACCAAACUACAGAGCACAGAAAGUGUCACCUUUCUCACCAACGGUUCUAUAAAGAACAACAUACAGUCCCCAUUUGUGACGAAAGAACCAAGCUUGAUUGUGCCACCGAUAGGAAACACUUUGUACAACGAAACUGUUGCAGAAGGCUCCAACUCCAGACAACCAGGUGCACACCAACCUCCCAUUCAGUUAGAUCAGAUCGUGCCACCGAUAGCAAACAUUUCGUACAACGAAACUGUCGCAGGGGGUUCGAAUCCCAGACAGCCAAUUGCACAUCAAAUUACAUCGCCGAUAGUAAACUCCUCGCACCAGUGCACCUCUACAAGAGGCUUGCAUGGCGGACAUUUGGGUACCUCUGGUGAAAACCAGAAUACACCAUCGGUAGAAAACUAUGAAAACUACUCUACAGAAGGUCAGGAACAUCUUUAUGAGAAUGAUGACGAUGAUGGAAAACAUGAAAACCACCCUGCAGAAGGGCAUGUUGCUGGCCAGACUAACCUGACGUGUUACAAAUGUCAGGCGCUUCACGGUGACGAUGAUUUCUACACCUGUCUUCAAAAUCCUUUCUCGAGCUCAGUAGAGAGGGAAAACUGUACCGAUGAUAAGGAUACAUGUCAGGCUACAGUAUUGAACUCUGACUCGUUUUACGUCGUAAGGAGACGGUGCGCAACUGCCUUGGAUUGCGAGGAGGCCCAAAAUGGCACUACACCAGAAUACGGCCAGUGUUGCCAAAACAACACCUGCAACGACAGGCUCUUUGACGUAACAACCACCCCACCUCCAACCACUACAGUGAGGACAACGACGCUGCCACUAACCACAGCUAUUCUAGUGACUACGAGCACAUCUUCCAGCUUAACAACGCAGGCGGAGGGCCAAACUGGGGGCAUGAGCGCCGGAGUGAUCGCAGGAUGCAGCGUGGCCGGUGUCGCUGUGCUGUUGAUGGCGGCUGGCGCCAUCUACUACAUAAAGCACAGAAAAGAAAAGCAAGACUCCGUUACUGCAUUGUAGAACCAGUAUAAGCUGGUUCACGGUUGAACUGCGCAUUCAGAUGGUCAAAGGUGAAAGCUCUUAGGUCAUAGGGUCAAAGGCACCAUUCUUACUACCAUGUCUAGACGAAUUUUGUUUCUGACUCAGGGGCCUUUAAGUUUGACAUAUACUAUAACUCACAAUGCAUCACAUUGUUCAUGUGAAAGAAACACAUAAGAAACACGAAACGCACAAUACAACUUAACUAGAAAUACUGGAAUCGUCUUUAUUGUAAUAUAAUUGUAAAGAUUAUUGUAUGAGUUCGUCACGGUUUAACAAGUACACACUGUAUAGUGUAAUGUUAUGUAUUAUGUUUCAAUUGAGGUUUCUACUGGUAGUUGAGUUGUGUUGUAGUGUGACUGAUUUUAUGGAUGAAGUUUUUAUGCACGUACAAUUAAGAAGCAAUCUUAAUUGCAAACGUAAGCCUGCAUAACACUGUGGCAAUGACCAGCAACUAUUGUAAAAUUUUACAAUAGUUGACAUAGUUGAAAAUAGCUGUUUCGGCAAUGGAAGACGACCACAAGUUAAGACGUUUAUUACCUUACCUUACCUCGAAUAUGCAUGCGAAUUUAGUUAUGACUUCAUGCGUAGAUAUAUAGCGUUUGUUGUACAUGUAAUAUGAAUUAUUGUCGUAUUUGUGUGAAAUUUUACUUUGUAACCUGCAAAAAUACAGUCACUGA